UAGCAGAGAUCUCUAAACUCUCUAAAGAAGAAGAAGCAGAGCAACACAAAACGCAAAUGCUACAGAGACUAGGAGACAACCUACUUGCUAUCUACACAGACGCCUCUUCUAUUAAGAAAGGCACAGGAAUAGGAACAGGAAUUGUAUACAAUAGAGAGCUAGAAGGCAUAACAAGAGCCUUUAAGCUUGCAGCUUCUAUAGCUACAGCAAUACAAGAGAUCUAAGUCUUUACAGACAACUAGGCAGCUAUUUUAAGGCUAAAGACCCCUUCUAAUAACUAUAGACAAGCUUAGUAAAUCUACUGCACAAACACAGCAAAGGCAAUUUACAGCAAAGGCGCAACAAUUAGCCUACACUAGAC